CUUGGAGAAAGCCUUACUUUGAUUCUUUUGACAAGAUAUCUUGAAAUGGUCUGUGCUUGGCGAGGUUGUUGCAUCUUGCCUAUUAUACUCUACUAAUUAACUUGACUUCAAUUUCAUCUUGCCUGUUCCUCCAAUCACCUCGGCCUAUCCUCUCUGCCCUGGCUAGACGUGCAUCUGUCAGCACCGUGUCUGCUGCACCUUACCCUGCAUAGUCCCCAGCUACCAGGCCAACCGUUGGAGAGUCUGGGGUAGAAGCCUCCACUCUAGAGAGCUUAUCCUCUGCCACUGUCAUGUGUCAUUUCCAGCUAUUUUAAGGCUGAGAGUUGCGUCCUUCUAUCCAAUCAUCCUCCAUCUCUUCACCUCCGGCUCCACCAUGGCCAGUAUAGUCACCGGCCCUCUCGGUCGAUUCCGUAAGAACGGAUCCCACAAACGACUGCACGAACGAUGGGGCGACAUGGGCAUCACCGUUCCCACCGAGGGCUCCUGGAACCAGCGCGACAACCCCCACCGGUCAUCAGACCGUCGACGACCCGCCUAUGAAGUUCUCAGUCGAGGACAAGAUAGUCCUAUCGAGGAUCAUCACGAAUCUACCCAACCCAGCUCUUUCUCUGUCAAGGCGCUAAACCCACGCCGUCUUUCCAUGCGCAUCAGCUCCCGCUCCAAACCCACCACCGACAGCCCUAAAGAGAACACUACCCCCACCGACCGUCAAACCAAAGCAGAGAGGCGGGUGUCUCAGUUCACCUACCGACCAAUUCACCAAGAUUAUCCCACGGAGAUGGCUGAAAAGGCUUCUCGACAGAGUCAGCACUCUCCCCGAUUCAAGUACAUCCCUACUGCGCCUCAGUAUGCUGAGGAACUUGGACUCCCGACUUCACGUCGCUGGUCGAGUCAGCGGCAUAGUGUGCAGAGUAGUUGUCCGAGUGAGGGUACGCGGCGGAGUCAUCGCCGGUAUCCUGAUGCUGCAGAGGAUUGCUACGAUGAUGAGUACUACGAGGAGAGGAGAGAGCGGUAUGAACGACCUUUAUCUACUCGACGAGAUAGGAGCAGUGUGGACUACUAUAGUGCUGCUGCUAGUCGACGGGGCAGUCCGGCGUUGGGUCGCAGUGGGGGAGCCACAGAGAAGCGGGGCCGAUCUGGGAGAAACUUGACGACAGCGAUGGUUCCGGAUGCUGAUGAUAUUUAUGGAUAAUUAAUGAUUGUUUACGUGAUGUUGACCCGG